AUGGCCAAUGCAAUGAAAAAACUAGUGCCUUUGCUCGACCGUGUGCUUAUUAAGAGAGCCGAGGCGGUAUCGAAGACAGCGGGAGGUAUUGUAAUUCCAGAGAAGGCCCAGUCAAAGGUGCUUCAUGGUGAAGUAGUCGCAGUUGGUUCUGGCGCUAGAAAAGACAAUGGAGAAUUCAUCCCCGUCCUUGUUAAAGUUGGUGACAAAGUUCUUCUACCGGAAUACGGCGGCACCAAAGUUAGCCUAGAAAAUGAUGAGAAGGAAUACCAUCUCUUCAGAGAAUCUGAUAUUUUAGCGAAAAUAGAAAAU